AUGGCACACCAUUUUGCAAGAGCUUUGAAAUCUCCAGAGGCUGCAGCCAUUAACGGCGGACAAAAGCAAGUCAUGACACCAAGUUGUAAGGAACUCAAGUGCCAGCACCACUACCACCUGGUAGAAUCAUGGUGCCCCAAAUAUAUCCAGACUGAGCGACGAUGCGUUCCCACAAUUGUGAGCAAACAGUACUGGGGCGACGAUAUCUGUGCUGCUUGCCGCGAACGCCAGACACCCAGCAACCACCCUUGGGCGAAGCUCAUCCGUAGGCCAGACUCUCGAUCGGUUCCCCAGGCGCGAGUUCCUGCCCGAUAA